AUGCAGCGAGAGAUAAACGACCUGAAAAAGAGGUUGCGCCAUGCACAGCAAAGGCGGUCCCCUUCUAGCUCCGACAUAUCCUCUAAUGAGGAAGAGGAUGUCAGUUAUAGGCGGAGAUUAAAAACUCCCCCAAGUGAAACCUUCUCCUAUGAAAAAGAGCAGUGUCAUGAACGGAGACAUAAGAGCCCGUCUAGUAAGGGUCUGGGUAAUGAUGCCAUGAACAAAGCUCUGGAUCAGAUCUCCAGGUCACCCUUCACGCACAGGAUAGAAGGGGCUAGACUACCACGGCGUUUCCACCAACCUACGUUUACCAUUUACAAUGGCCGAACAGACCCUGUGGAGCAUGUAAGCCAGUUUAACCAAAGAAUGGCUAUCCAUUCUCGAAAUGAGGCUUUGAUGUGCAAAGUUUUUCCGUCCAGUCUGGGACCCGUGGCGAUGAAGUGGUUUAACAGCUUGAAGACAAACUCCAUAGAUUCCUAUAAACAGCUCACCCAAACUUUUUGUUCUCAUUUUAUUAUGAACAGCAGGGUUCCUCGGCCUCUGAGUUCGUUGUUAUCAUUAUCCAUGCAUGAAGGGGAAACUUUAAAGGCAUAUUCGAAUAGGUAUUGGGAGAUGUACAACGAGAUAAAUGGUAACUACGACGACGCCGCCAUCAGCACGUUUAAAAGUGGUCUCCCCACUGAGCAUUGUUUAAGGAAGUCCCUAACUGGUAAAUCUGUUACCAUCGUUCAUCAACUUAUGGACAGAAUUGACAAAUACAAAAGGGUGGAAGAGGACCAACUACAAAGGAAAGGAAAGGAGAAGAUCAUCCCUCAUAAGGGGAAUGAUUACAGGUCGGAACGAUACAAUAGUAACCAUCCGAGAAGAGAUUUUGCGAGACAAUCUGGACUAACUAACAUGCAAGCGGUUAAUGUCGUAUUCAGAGAGCCGAUGCAACAGAUUUUGGAGAAAGUCAAGAACGAGCCUUUCUUCAAGUGGCCGAAUAAAAUGACCGAAGACUCCUCAAAACGCAACCAGAGUCUGUAUUGUCAGUACCACCAAGACCACGGACAUACCACCGAAGACUGCAGGAAUCUAUGGAAUCACCUGGAUCAGUUGGUCCGAGAAGGAAAAUUGUGGCACCUCUUACACCCUUCUAGCAGUCAUCUGGGUCAGGCAAUCCAAGAACCCUGGAAAGACGUAUCUUUAAGACCUCCCAUGGGUACGAUACAUGUCAUCCUCACCACUCCGGGGAGAACCGACACUUUUCCCUCCAGGGUAAUGUCUGUGGCUCGGCUUUCCGCCGAGGACAGUGAUAGGGAGUCCAAAAGGUCUAAGAAGGGGAGCUCACCUAUGUUGGGAUUCUCAGACGAGGAUAAGAUUGGAACCAUCCAACCCCACAACGAUGCUUUGGUAGUUACACUUAGGAUUGGAGGGUUUGACGUGAAGAGAGUACUGGUAGACCAGGGCAGUGCUGUGGAAGUAAUGUACCCUGAUUUGUACAAGAGGCUGAACCUAAUGCCCGAGGACUUCAUGGCGUAUGAUUCCUCUUUGGUAAGUUUCGAAGGGAAGACUGUCAUACUAAAGGGACAGAUCAGACUGCCCAUACAGACCAGAUCAGAGGUGGUAGAGGUGGAUUUUAUCGUGGUCGACGCCUACUCACCGUACACGGCCAUAGUGGCCAGACCUUGGCUCCACGCCCUGGGAGCCAUUUCUUCUACACUUCACCAGAAGGUAAAAUACCUGUCAGAGGGCUGA